GGGCGAUCUUCUCCAAGCCGAUGUCGAAACCGAGGAACUGACCCGACACAGAUGGGGGAUCGUUUGUCUGCGUACUACCAAACAAACCAAUGGAGUCCAGAACGUGAACGUCAAAUUUGACUGCAAACGUAGCCUGGAUUCGCAAAGGGUCAGCAAGUCUUCCAG